AUGUCUUCAAUCAAGCUUGGGCAGUCCAGCGGCGAGCGACCUAGCAGAGGAAACUCGUACUCUCCAGCGCCCAUGUCGACGAGUGCAUCGGGAGUGAUUGACAGGAAUUCUGUCGGCAGUCGUUUGGAAGUGGCUCUGCAGAGGAUGUCACAGGAAUCUUCGCAGCACGAGUACGAUAUCAAGCGUCUCGAGUCGCAGCUUGCUGAGAAUCUGAGUAACUUCCGUGCUAUUAAUGGCCUUCUCCAGGAUGCGUUCGGGAGCAUUCAGCGGACCACCAAGCGGGCUGACACGGCCCUCAACACACAAAUACCGCGCAUUUCAGACGAACUCGACGAGUCGCUGGACGCACUGGCAGAACUCGCAGAAGCGUUACCAACGAUACGUACCCAGGUAGCCGAUAUACGGCGUGUCUACACUUCUGGUCGCCAAAAGGCACAAUCGCUCGUAGACGACCUCACAUGGCUUAACACCGAAUUCUACGAGCGCUGGCGGACCAUCAUCUUCACGCCCAACAGCCCCGUCUCUUUGCGCUGGAAGGCCCUGAUGCGGCUGGUCUUUGCCAUCUCGUUCCUCAUGUGCACAUGGCUCGCAUGGAUCGCGCUGUCAGGCGCAUACCGUGCGCAUCGACAACGACUUGUAUGGGGCGACCGGUUGAUGUCCUGA